CCCGGACCCCGCGAGUCGGGACGGAUAUGGCGGGAAUUGAUUGCCAAUAUGAAUGAGCCGAAACAGGUGACGAUAAAAAGGAAGAGGGCGAGUGGGAAGCAUUCGAGGAAGGGCUGUGGAACCUGCAAGAUUCGAAGAGUGAAGUGUGAUGAGACACGGCCAAUCUGUAAGCGGUGUGUGAAAUUCGGCAUCAAAUGCGACGGGUAUCCUCCAAAUGAACCCAGGCAACGGCAAGCAAGCCCUCCUAGGCGCCCCUCCAAUUAUUGGUCAGCGCCCCUGGACGCGGCAAUCGCUCUCCUAGACCUCCCAAACACCUACUCCUUCGAUAGUGAGGACGAAUUUCAGUACUUCUCGUUGUUCCGCGACAAGACUAUCUUCCAAAUCAUCCCAUAUUUCGACCAGACGCCUUUCCGCACCUUGAUUCUGCAAGCUUGUGAUAUCUCUUCGAUUCGGCAUGCAGUCAUUGCCAUUGGUGCCCUCGACAAGACGUGUAUGACUGUCAAUGAUCAACGAGCUCUGUGCUUCGACCGCCACACCGUAAACCCCACCUCCCAUCAUCAGAACGCCAUCAAGGAGUAUAUCAAAGCCAUUCGGAUCAUGAAAGAUGAAGUUGCGAGCGGACAGCCAUCACUGAGGACGACGCUUCUGACAUGUUUGGUAAUUGUAUGCUUCGAGUAUUUCCACGGAAACUAUCGAUUGGCAGAUGCUCAAAUUCACAACGGGAUUGCUCUGAUAGACAACUGGAGACGUUCAUUUCCAUACGCACAUCAGCACCCACUUGGCUUCUCAUCACCCGCUCCAGAUAUUGUCGAAGACCAACUGAUCCAAGUGUUUGGCCAACUGGAAGUGCAAUCCCUUUGUUUUGCCGGUGACCCACGAACCCCAGCCAUGCACUGGAAGCUCCGGAACGAGGGAACAGCCAUCAUCCGCAACAUGCCCGACUGCUUCGACAACAUCUACGACGCCAAGAUCUACCAAGCGCUGAUCCUCCGACGACUCCAGCACUGGCAAUUCUGCAUCGGCGCAAACUACAGCCCGCCUAUUUCCCGCGACGUGGACGAAGAGAAGGAAGUCUGGGGCGCCACAUCGUGUGUCGACCACAGCCAACUCCGGCACCUCUCCCCGGAGAGCGGAAGCUCUGUCUCUGACCGCGCGGCACAGCACCGUUUCCACCUUGAGGAAUUCUACCACUGGAAAUACUGCUUCGAUAACUUUCUUGAGAGAGAGCCGGCGCAGAAGAAUACGUUGGCUACGGCGCUGCUGGAGCUAUGUUUCAUGACUACGAACUUGCAUCUCAGUACUGCGUUGGCGGGUGAUGCCACAAUAUAUGACCAGUACACGAAGGAAUUUGUCGAGAUUGUGGAACAUUGUGAAAAGACGCUUGUCCUGCUGCACAAAAAGGCUGACCAGAAAGUCGUUUUCACAUUCGACAGUGGGACGAUCUUGCCGCUCUACUUCACUGCCCUCAGUUGCCGUGUCCCGAAGAUCAGGAGACGAGCAAUCAGCGUCUUGCUCGCGUGGCCAAGAAGAGAGGGGGUGUCUGAUAGUUUGUUCGCGGGGAAGUCGGCAGAAUGGAUUGUAGGUAUUGAGGAGGAGAAUAUGGAGGAUGGGUAUGUGCCUGGAUGGGCAAGAGUCAAGUACGUGGGUACGAGUUUCAGUCUGCUGAAUCGGAGAGCGGAGUUGGUGUGUAACCAGCCGAUUUUGACGCCGAAUGGGAAGUCGACGCGGGAGAGGAGGCAGACGAUUACUUGGUGAAAAGAUGACAGAUGUGGGGAGUCAUUCGAUAUGGCGGGGUCCAGUUCAGAUUCAAGAUGCUGAAAUACAGCGUAUUUUGUUUUCGGGGAACUUGACUGAAACUCCGAAUCUAAGCUGGUUUAAGAACUAUGGGAUGAGGUGCUCAAAAAUAUUACUGUAGCUACAUGGACCUGGAUGCAAGCAG